CGGCCGCGGGGCGCCGCUCAGCCGGCGGGAGCGGCGGCAGCAUGAACGCGGAGCGGGACCUGGCGCCGCUGGCGCCCAGCGUGGUGCGGGCGCUCAACGACAAGCUGUACGAGAAGAGGAAGGUGGCGGCCCUCGAGAUCGAGAAGCUGGUGCGAGAGUUUGUGGCUCAGAACAACACAUCUCAGAUCAAGCAUGUGAUCCAGAUCCUGUCGCAGGAGUUUGCGCUUUCCCAACACCCUCACAGCCGGAAAGGAGGACUCAUUGGCCUGGCUGCUUGCUCCAUUGCCCUGGGCAAGGACUCUGGGCUCUACCUGAAGGAGCUGAUUGAGCCAGUGCUGACAUGUUUCAAUGAUGCUGAUAGUCGGUUGCGGUACUAUGCUUGCGAGGCCCUCUAUAACAUUGUCAAGGUGGCCAGGGGCUCUGUCCUCCCACAUUUCAAUGUGCUCUUUGAUGGCCUCAGCAAGCUGGCUGCUGAUCCUGAUCCAAAUGUCAAAAGUGGCUCCGAGCUCCUGGAUCGACUUCUCAAGGACAUUGUGACGGAAAGCAACCAGUUUGACCUGGUAGGCUUUAUCCCACUGCUGCGCGAGAGGAUUUACUCCAACAACCAGUACGCCCGCCAGUUCAUCAUAUCCUGGAUCCUGGUCUUAGAGUCUGUGCCUGAUAUAAACCUCUUGGAUUACCUGCCAGAAAUCCUGGAUGGGCUCUUCCAGAUCCUGGGAGACAACAGCAAAGAGAUACGGAAAAUGUGUGAGGUAGCUCUUGGGGAGUUCCUCAAGGAGAUCAAGAAGAACCCCUCCAGCGUGAAGUUUGCAGAAAUGGCCAAUAUCCUAGUGAUCCACUGCCAGGCCUCUGAUGAUCUGAUCCAGCUGACAGCUAUGUGCUGGAUGAGGGAGUUCAUUCAGCUGGCCGGCCGGGUGAUGCUGCCUUACUCCUCAGGGAUCCUGACCGCUGUCUUGCCGUGCCUCUCCUAUGAUGACCGCAAGAAAAAUAUCAAAGAGGUAGCAAAUGUAUGCAACCAGAGUCUGAUGAAGCUGGUCAUCCCAGAGGAUGAUGACGUGGAUGAGGCAAAGCAGUCGAUGACCGUGCCAGCAGAGCCAGCGUCUGAGGAGUCCAUCUCAAAGACGGAGGCGGUCUCUGAUGGAUCUCUGGAUACGUCCAGUGACUCCAACUUCAGGAACACCAGUGUCUUCACAGUCGCCAGCUCCGAGAGGAUCCCAGUGACUCUGAACCUGGAUGGAAUAGUUCAGGUGUUGGAUUGCCACCUUCAUGACACAUCUAUUGGGAUGAUGACUAGAAUUGCAGUCCUGAAAUGGCUCUAUCACUUGUACAUCAAGACUCCUCGUAAGAUGUUCCGACACACUGACAGCCUCUUCCCCAUUUUGCUGCGGACUCUCUCAGAUGAGUCGGAUGAGGUUAUCCUGAAGGACCUAGAAGUACUGGCUGAGAUCGCUUCUUCUCCUGCAGGUCAGACGGAGGGACACGGCCCCUCUGACGGCCCUGAUGCGCGAUCGAGCCAGGUGGAGCUCCACGUUCCCGUCAAAGCCAGCCAGCUGAGCUCCUCCGGUACGAAAGGCGUGGAGUGUUCUCCUUCCACCCCCACCAUGAACUCCUACUUCUACAAGUUCAUGAUCAACCUGCUCAAGAGAUUCAGCAGCGAACGGAAACUCCUGGAGACGAGAGGAGCGUUCAUCAUCAGACAGCUCUGUCUGCUUCUGAAUGCAGAAAAUAUCUUCCACUCCAUGGCAGACAUACUGCUUCGCGAGGAGGACCUCAAGUUUGCCUCUACAAUGGUCCAUACUCUGAACACCAUCCUGCUAACAUCCUCUGAGCUUUUCCAGCUGAGAAAUCAGCUGAAGGACCUGAAAACCCAGGAGAGCCGUAACCUGUUCUGCUGCCUGUACCGUUCUUGGUGUCACAAUCCUGUAACGACUGUGUCCCUGUGUUUCCUUACCCAAAACUACAAGCAUGCCUACGACCUCAUCCAGAAGUUCGGGGAUCUGGAGGUCACAGUGGAUUUCCUCACCGAAGUGGACAAGCUGGUGCAGCUCAUUGAGUGUCCAAUAUUCACAUAUCUUCGCCUGCAGCUGCUGGACGUGAAGAACAACCCCUACUUGAUCAAGGCUCUCUACGGCCUGCUGAUGCUGCUGCCCCAGAGCAGUGCCUUCCAGCUCCUCUCCCACCGGCUGCAGUGCGUGCCCAACCCCGAGCUCAUGCAGACUGCGGACGGCACAAAGUCUAGCGCAGGCUUCAAGAGGUCGGCGGCGUCCAACAUCGACUACGCGGAGCUGCUGCAGCACUUCGAGAAGGUGCAGAACAAGCACCUGGAAGCACGGCACCAGCGGGCCGGCCGGGGAGAGCAGCUGGAGCGGCGGGUCGUCCUCUGAGCAGCCCCGGAGGCAGCCGCCGGCGCGCGCGCCACGGGACCGGGCCACGGGGACCGCGGUCGCCGCAGCCGGAUCCGCAGGAUCGGCUGGGUUUGAUGGCAGCCGGAGAGGGGCGAGCGCUCGGCAAGGAGCGGGUUUCCCUGCGCGCACGUGUGUGCACGCGCGCGGGGGGGACCCCGGGCUGCGCCCGGCUUCUCCCAAACCUGACGCGAGCCGCAGCGGGCGCGCGGAGAAGCGUCGCCGGAGAACACGUGUUGUCUUCUCUUGCGACAGGGCCAGCCAAGUGCCCUCUGCUUCACUAGCGCCUUCCCCGUGACUGUCAGCUGAGGGCCCGGCCGCCGGCCGGCGCGCCCGGAGGGGAAACGCGCCGGGAAGAGAAGACACCGCGUGCUGCCCGCCGGAAAGACGAGCGCCCCGCGAGCUCGCGGGGCUGGCGGGACGCCGCGUCUCCGCUCGCCCGGCCCCGGGACUCGACGUUCCCCUCGGGCGGGUGCCGCUCGGGUGUCUCCGCUCGUUGUCCCGCGCGCGCGCGCGCACACGCGCAGCGGGCACUCGGGAGCUGCCCCCAUCACCGCGUCCCGGCGCGGCUGAGCCGCUGGCGCUGCCCGGCCCCGGCCGAAGCCGUUCUUUGUUCCCGCGUUAAGCUCCCUGUGACGAAAAUAAAAGCGCGAUGCAGA